CAGAAAUAUCAAAAAUAACUUCAACAAUGUUCGAACAUCGCUGUCACUUUUACGAAAUUAAUUUUGAUAUUAAUAAUCACGUACUUUCCCGGCAACCCCUAUUUACAAAAAUAAAUCAGCUCGAAUUUACGAAGAUAAAUCGCGUUCGAAUUUACAAAAAUAAAUCGCGUAAAUAUAAACUCGGAAAUUUUUAAAGCUACUCCGUCGAUCUAUUUAUCAUUUACGGCCUUUAAUGGCGGAUUCGUGAAUUUUCUGCGCGAAAGGGUAGAGGGACGAGAAAAAUGGGUCGAAAGGCUUGAAAACGGAUAUUCAGAGGUGCGAAAGAGGGGUAGAAGUUUCGUGGCGAGCCGAUAAUUCGCGUUUCAGCGACGCUUCGAGCGGAAGGGAAAGGAUGGGCCUGAAAUGACCCUCAAACUGGUACAACUGGAACGAGAAGUUAAAUACUGAACGCGUUCGUUGCCACCCUCUGACUGCUCGAAUAUCGAUGAACCGGCUGUUGCGUUAAUUUGUUAAAUUUAAGACCACACUUUGAAAACAUCUACCAAAUUGUUCUACCAACUUCUUAAUUUCUCACUAAUUUUUUAUGACGUUCAACACUAAAUUCUAUCAGCUUCAAAAAAGUUCGACUUCCACGUCGUUAAACUUUUUUACAAUGGAAAGAUUUUUCUAUAUUUCUUUAUCGUACAAAAACUCGAGAUGCUGACAUUAAAUGCUGCAUUCAGAAAGUAGGUAGAUUUGUAUCGAUUCUGAAACGUACAACUAUACUGUCUCUCAACUUCAGCUAUUAAAUGCUAAAUACAGUAAUUCAGUAUGAAGCAGGAUUUCAUCACAUUUCAAACUCUGAGCAGCUAAUGAAACAUUAUAUAAAUGAAUCUAUUUGAAUUAACUUCUCUACAUCUUCCAUAAAGCACAAAUUCGAAACACAAAUCACUUGAAAAUGAAACUCCACGACGGAAGAACCAAUGAGUAAAAUUUCUGAAGCGAACGAUUAAAUUUUUCACAGCAGUCUAUUAGUCUCCGGUAGAAAAAGGAACGUUCGUAGAAAAUUAAAAUGAAAAGGACGAAGCGUUCACAUUUUCGUCGAAAUGGAGCAAGGCAAUCGAUCGAACGAGACCGAACGAAAGAACGUCUCUGUUUUUAAUAUAAACCACAAACAUCACGAUUCCUGGACUCUUUUUAUCAAUUCCUUCGGUUAUGGUGAACACUUCGUUCCGCAAUAUCGGCUUUAAAAGCUGGCCCCAUUGUGAAGCACGUAGCAACAGCGUUUCGAUGCCAUUCGUGGACCAAUCGCUAGAGUGGGCGAGAAAAAUGCAUUGCAAAGGAGAAUUCGUUGGAUCUAUACUCGCGGUGCUUUUGGAAGUAAGAAAGCUCGGGAAAUCACGAACCGUUUACCGAAGGUGGACGACAGAAUUUGCAGAAAAUUCCGUGCUCGGUAAUUAACUGCAGCGAUACGUAACAGCGGGGAAAAAACGAUAUCGACGGGAAUCGAUAAUUUCAAUUACAACCGGAGGAACAAUUAAGAAGCACCGGAAACGACGUUACGCGAGGAUCGAAAUUUUGCCUGGUUUUAUUGAUCGAUAAACCUAUAUGCGUCUAUCGAAUGAUUUACCCAUAAAAAGUUGCACUCGCGCAGGUCACAAGUUUAAGAACAAGAACAUUGUAGCGUCGACGAUCGUAGAAAUUCAAAUUCGAUUUACAUAAUGCCUGGAAUCGUCGCCACUUGCCCCCGGGAGAAAAGUCAACAAGUUACACGCUCGGGAUGGCUGCGCGAAAACCUAUCAAGGAUUCACGGUGCGGGAACGAGAAGAUUGGCGUUGUUUUUUCAUGGAAACGCCUCGGAAAUUUCAACGUGUCCAGUCAACAAGUUAGCCCGGACAAAGGAGACCGGAAAGACGAGCGUGUCGGCUACCGGAUCCGAGGAUUCAUCAUGGAACCGAUCGAGUUUGCUGAAACUCUCCGUUCAAGUUGCAAGAUUAAUCGCAGGAACACGGUCAUCUCGCGCACACCAGUGUCUGGAGCAGCUGAUUGCCAGCGCAACUUUGACAGUUCCGGGGUCAGUCCAUUCAACCUGGAGGUUCGUCGAGCGUGCAGCCGAGGAAAUUGGCCCGAGCGGAUCGAUCAGAUGGCACUUGAUCGAUCAGCCGGUCUGCACAAGGUUCCCGAGGAUCUCGAUACCCGGCAACGAUCCAUUUGUGACGGAGUUUCUGGUGCCACGGAGGAGUUCUGGUGGUCCUCGUGUCCUGUUCUCAGGUGUCAACCCCCGGAGCGCACGUUUCGUUUCCACACGGACAAAGAAGAGGAGCGUCAGCGCGAGACGAGUGCGACACACACGCGUCCUUUGAAAGAGAAGAGUGCGAGUGGCGCAUUUUCCCUGACGAAAACAGCUACGGGUAUACUCUUCAAGUUCAGCAACAUCGACGAUUUUCAGGCGGUCUACAAAAAGGGCUUCCACAAAGUCACCGGGGCACGUUUCUACAAGAAGGUCGCCAUACCCUGCAGACCGGCAAAGACAUUCACCGUCUACGUUUUGGACGUACCUGAAGAAUUGCCCGAAGAGGAUAUUAGGCACGCUCUCUACAAGUAUCGUUCCAUAGUCGAAGUUACGCGGUUGCCUCUCAACACUGCCACUGCGUUAAAAGCGAUCAACGACAAGUUAAAAAGCGAGGCUCAGAAUCAACACGAACCAGCAACGAUUUACACGGGUCCACCCGUUAUAAGGGUGACUCUGGCCAGCGUCGAGGAGACCUCGUUGCUGCUCAGCCGUGGUUUGGAUUUUUAUGGGGCCACAUAUUUCCCCACCGAAACGCCCCAUCCGGCUGCUCAACCCCUCGCCAAAUACAAAAACAACAGGUGGCUCGAGCUGGCAGCCAUUGGCGCCGGACAAAGAGUCAGGGACCUACUUCCGGUCUUCGACAACGCUGGUUUCAACAAAUUGCCACCUCCGGCCAGCCGGCUGAUAAAACCGCAAAAAAACUGACACAUUCCUCGACUUCUUUCAUCUGUUCUGUGACAUACCUCUGGCUUAUCGUGCUCGACGACCUUAAGCUUCAUCCGGCUCGAAACAAAAGCGUUGAAAAUUGAUUUAGGAGGAUACGGAUGAAAGAAACGGGAAAUACUGUCGACGGUAACGAAAUCGUAUCGGGGGAACUUUGUAUUUAGUCGACGAUUUUAUCUGCGGAUUCCUGGAUUCCCUAGAUUAGUGUCCAUAGAUUCCUGUGUCUACAAUUUGUGUUUUACAGAUUAUAUUCGUUUGUCAGGUUCUUGGAUGUUCCUAUUUUAUAUUGUUUCAGUUGUUUAAAUAUUUGC